CCCUUCAAAGCCUCAGGAGUGCCAGCAGCACCUCGUGCCUUAGGAUGCCCGGUGGAUUUCACAAGGAUGCUCCCAUCUCCUGCAUUGUGAUCAGUGGCAAAAGUAUCCAACGGCGCUGACCGGAGCUGGGGGCUCAGCGGUGACAUACAGGGAAACCUGCUGUGCUGCAGCGUGAGCCUCCGGUCCCGCUGCUGGGCACCGCCGGGCGCAGCCCGGCUCCGUCCUCUGCGCAGCUCCCUGCGCGGACCGAUGGCCGCGCCCGGGAUCGCCCCGAGCCUCCUCCUCUGCAGGCUGAGCCGCCCCAGCUCUCCCGGAAUCCCACCCCAGCCAUUUCCCACGCGGUGCCGAGGAGGGGAGGGGACGCGGGGGGAGCGACGGGGCCGGCGCUCGCAGUGCUACGACACGGCCGUUUGCGCCGCCCCGUCCUUACCCGGCGGUGGGUACGGGGACGGGGCGGCUUAUUGGAGCUGCAGAAACGACCGCGGGCAGAAGCGCCGAGAAACGAACGGGAAACGUUUAAUCCACGAACGCACACAGCGACAAACAGAGAAACGACCGCGUUGCCAACCGGCUCCCGUACAAACGGCGACUCUGGAGGACGGCUCGGUGCCGGCGGGGGAUGGACAGGCCCCGCGCCGCCUUCCUCCGACCGCCCGGCGUCCCCGAGGCACGGGGCGGGCGGCGGCGCAGCGCCGCUUUCCCCGCACGGAGCCCUGCGGCUCCGCCGCCACUGCAGAAGGGGCCGGGCGCUGCGCGCGGGGUCCUUUCCGCCCGCUGUCGCGCCGUCAUUGCGUCAUCACCGCGCGUCCCGCAGGGCCCCGGCCCGGCUGCCCGCGGCGAUGCCUGCGGUUGUUGCGUUGCGGGAACUCAGCGCAGCCUGCAGAGAGCGGUCCGGCGGCACGGGAAGAUGGAGGCCGUGCGGUGCGAGUGCCUCAGCGGUGUGUGCAGCCCGCGAGGAGCCGAGCGGGGCCGGGAAGAGGAAGCCGUGGGAGUCCCGGGGAGGGACGCGCGAUGGCAGCGUCAGCGGCGGGCUCGGCUGCUGCCUCCUCCGCUCCUGACGCCGCGCGCUGGCGCACUUUGAGAAGCGCCCAGAAGCCGGAGCCCGCUGUCACAUCUGUGGGGUUCCACGGAACGCGCAGACGUGGGGUGAGUUGAGGUUGGAUAUCAGGACCAACUGCUGUACGGAAAGGGUUGCUGCCAGCUGCUGGUGGACCUGAAUGAGAAGAGAUUGACCCAAAACUCGAAUGAUGGUGAGUGUGCUUGUUUGCUGUGCCACGCUGUGCCAGGCAUUUGCUGCAAUCAAGUCAGCGUAGGGAGUGUAGAGGACAAUGCACGUCUGCUUUUCCUGCUUGAGAAAAUCCAACUGAAUGCCAGCUAACAGAGGAAGUAUUUUUCCAGAUAAACUCUCUGGGCAUGCUGUUCUCUCCUGGUUGAACCCAAAGGUUCCACCCAUGCAGAGGUUAUUCCUGUGCCCGUCUUCCAAAGCCCAGGCUCCAUGAAGGCACAGAUGAAGAUGCCAUCACUGACGGCUUGACCAAACUCAAUGCUUCCCAACGUCAGCGAGUUCUGAUCACCUACAAGAGCACUCCUGCAGGUAGGUGCUCUGCAGAGAUGUGUGAACGUGGUUGGGUCACUGGGUGAAAAGCGAAAAACGACCCAGCCUCCAUAAGAGAAAGGUCAGCAGAGACUUUACCUGGCCAAGGUUGUUUUGUUCCUGUUCAGUUCAGAGCAGUUGUUGAUGCAAGGAGGGUUGGAGCCUGAAGAGAAGUGGUGAGCAGCUCAGUUCCUUCUGUCCUCGAAGGCCGCACCUUCUGCCAGCUCCUUUCUCCUCUCUUGGCCUUCUAGGGUUUGAUCGAUGACUGGAAGUGACUUGAAGCUGAGUGGGAAUUCUGAGAGGGUGAUGAUUGGGAUGAUGACUGCCAGCACCGUGUGUGACGUGCAGAACUAAGGAGGGCUGUGAAGGUUUGGAAGUCUUCCUUUCGAAUGGCUCAAGUUCUGGCCAAGGACUUGCUGCUUUGUUAUGUAUGCCUUCUUAUUUAUUAACUCUUAAAGAAACCUGGCUGCACGUCACAAGCAGGUGCUGGUAUCUGAAAUCUUGCUUGGCGAUUCCCUAGGGAGCAGGAACAGGUGAAGGCUGCCUGAUUGAAAUUCUGGCUUCUCGCACCAGUGAAGAGAUUGGUCGCAUUGAUGAGAACUGCGAGCUUCAAGGAGCCCAAAGCACACCUGAGCUGCGUUUCGCUGUGUUUGUGAGCUGUGUUCCCUUUGAAGGACUCCAUUAUCCAUCUCCAGCACCCGUUCCUGAAUGGGGAGUUCUCAGGAGUUGCUUCCAGUAGAUGCUCUGGUGAACCGAGUCUUCUCUCCUUGGGUCCUUGCAGGGAACAGAGGUCAGUUGUCCAUCUCAACAUCCAGCGCAGGAACAACAUUUCAUUCCCACAGUGCAUAAUGCUGUGAAGGCAUCGCAGGCCGCCCGCUCGUCUCCGCUGUGCUCAGGGGCUUUGCUGAGCUGCAGGCCCAGCGCUGCAGCCCCACAGCGCAGCCUCACGUCUGGUGACGGACUGCAGCUGGAAAACCCUGGCAGCGGAGGACGCUCCUGCCCCACAGAAGGACUCGCAGCUCCAGCGCCCUCAGUGCUGGAAGGAGGCUGCGGUGCCUCCACGCGAUGGAUGCGGUCCACCCGACAGCUCGUGUGGCUCACCGUGCGAGGCCAGCAGGAAGAAAGGUGGGCACGGGAUUAUCAUGAGCUCUAGAUAUGCAGCUAAAAGAGUCUGAAAACCAGGAGUCCAAACCCUUGUCUGUGGAAGGCCCACCUAGUUACCCAGCUCCCGAGCAAAGAAAAGGAAGAAUCAAGUCUUCAGUCAGCACACACACUCCAGUCAGUCAGCUCCGCAAUAAAAGCUACCUUUUCCAUGCACCUCCACUUACGUGUGGCAGAAAAGUGUUCUGGGCAUUCAGCACAUUGGAUUCACAUUCAAUUAGCAAUCCAAACUCCAAACAGUUAUUUAUGAUUUCUUCUCUCCUUCUGCAGUCUCGUUUCCUCAAAGGGCGCUGCUUUACCCUGACUGGGCUGGCUCCUGCUUUUACCUUCACUGCUAUUGGGGCUGCAUUUUUGGCUCUGCCAGGCAUCCCUGGUAGCCACACUCCUAAGUGCACGUGGUGUAAGAUUUCUGUAACUUCUGGGGGGACGACCUUGUUUUUCCCAGGUUGUGUUAAAGCCAGAGGAGGGGGAGAUGGUGGGGAGGGAAUGGGGUGAGGGGUGGGCGAUGGGGAGCUGGAAGGGAUGGAGUGGGGGGUGUGGGGGAGGAGAGCAGAAUGGAGGACGUGGAAAGAGAUGGAUGGAGAACAGGGGAGAGGAUGGGUGGAGAAGAGGAUGGGUGGAAAACGUGGAAGGAGAGAUGGACAGAAGCGAAGGGAUGGAGAACAAGGGACCAAAGCACCAAACCCCUCUCACCUUUGGGCCCAGCUUCUUCUUCAGUGCAGCUCCUGCGGCAGGCAGGGCCUCAGCUCUUCCCACAUUCCUCCCUUCCUGCAAGGUUGCUUUUUUUCACGCCUACUUUGCUGUGCUAUGGGUAGCUUUCCUACUUGCUUUCCUGUAUAUGUUACCAUCCAUUGCUUUUCACUUUUUAUUCUCUUUUUGUUUCAUUAUUUUCCCUUCAACCCUCCCCACCCCCUCUCUCCUCUCCUCACCCCUACCUCCCAUUUUUUCCUCCCCUCCCCCCCCUACUCUUUCCUCACCUUAUGGCAAACUUUCCCAAAUAGCUGCAGGCUUCUCCAAGUGCAGAUUUGCCUGCCAGGUCUUAAUAGACUAAGAUGCAACUUUUUAGGAACAAACAAAGUCAAUACAAAACAAAAGAACAGAAGAACAGAAGAAACCCAAACACAUUUCCACAAAUGCCUUUGUUCACACCUACCCAUUUCAAUCACUGGAUGUCAGGGAAACCGAGGAGCUAUUCCACUGAGCUGAGGCUUGGCUCUUGGUGAGAGGUGUUUUCUGAAUGGCAAUUUUUCAUUUCGCUUCUGCUUUUUAACUUUCCUACAUGUGCACAUGUAGCACUGGGAACAGGAGCUGUCAGGCACACAGAAUUGAAGGAAUCCCAUGGAACACCAGUGUGAGGUUGGCAUUUCCACUGAGCCGUCAGAUGCACACUGCAGGAUUGUUCUGGGACCUGCAGCAAUGAUUCUGCACAUCUCCUGAGAAAACUGAUAGCACUGCACAGCAUCCAGGGCAAGGAGAACUUUCUAAACGGAAAAACAGGUCAAAGAAACGGCAAAGGAAUGGAGAACAGGAAGGAUUAAAAUUUGCAGUAGCAGCUUGAGAGCUGUCUGAUAGACUGCAAGAAAAAAAACCAGGAGCAUUGGUCUUCUGUCCAUCAAAUAAGUACAAAAAUGACGAAGCUAAAUGUAACACAAAUUACAUUAACUGGCUGCUGUUAAUAAAGAGACAUGCACAUCUGAAAUGCUCCACAGAAUUCCCAGAGAUCACACCUUGCCACAGAUGCCCCAGGUACCCUGAAAGGCAGUAAGAUCUGUGAGCUGCGUUUCUGAGCUCUGUUCCAGAACUCUGAGAUGACAGACAGCAGGACUUCAAAUGCUGACGUACCAAACUGACACCAGGAUUUCCUGCCUCUCUUUAAUCACGAGCAGUUUUGAGCACAGCAUUACUGCACCGCAACGUUUCAGUUCACUUCUAGAGCCUUCUGCCAGACGUGGGUUUCAGAGAGGGGCAGUAGUCCAGGGGCUCAGGCACUUGCUGUGAUCCAGGGCUGCAAAUGGUCUUUGUCUACUGAAUUUCACCAGACCGUUCCUGUAGCAGGGAGCUGCCCAUAGCUUUGCAUCAGUCAGCUGGCUCUGAGGGUGCAGGCAAGGCUUUGGCUCAGAUAGACCGGUACUCUUCUUUUCUGCCAGUACUUGGCUGACGGAGUUUGUGGCCGUUCUGUGGCACGGAAUGCAAUCAGCACGGAAGCAUCGUUUGUCGUUGUGGAUUUUGAGUAAGAUUUCUCACCCUCUGCUCAUGAUGGGUAAGAGUUCAGGUGUCCAAAGAGAAUAGUUGAGCCGAGAAAAAAAAAACAGGGCGGGAAAGACAAAGGAACCGAGG